AUGCUUCCAGCCCUGCUUAUUGCCGGCGGUCUUGGACUUUUCCUCGCGCUGUUCAGAAUCUUCUACAACCUCUUCCUUCACCCCCUUCGGUCGUAUCCAGGUCCAUGGUAUGCCAAAGCGACCAUCUUCUGGUCUCAGUACUGUGCGUACAAGGGCACCGUCUCCUACAAGGUCCAUGACCUGCAUCAAAAGUACGGGCCAGUGGUUAGAAUCGCGCCGGAUGAAUUGAUCUACAUCAACCCCGAGGCAUGGAAGGAUAUCUACGGCCACCGCAACGGUGUAGAGGAAAACAAAAAGCAUCCCAGCCGAGACAAUGAGCCAGAAGGACAGAGCCCGACCAUCAUCAAUGCCGAGAAGGCGCACCAUUCGACGCUCCGCAGGCUGCUAUCCCACUCCUUUUCCGAGAAGUCGAUGAAGGAUCAGGAGCCCGUGAUCCGUUCCUACAUUGAUCUCUUGAUCGAGCGGCUGCGUGAAGUAGCCAAGGCGGAUGACCCCAAGGGAACCGACAUCGUGCGCUGGUACAACUUCACCACCUUCGAUAUCAUUGGCCACCUCGCCUUCGCCGAGUCGUUUGGCUGCCUCCAGAACGCCGAGUAUCAUCCGUGGGUCGCAUUCAUGUUUUCCGUCAUCAAGUUCAGCACCAUGAUGGCCGCCCUGAAGCGCGUCUCCCCCCAGCUCGCCGCCUUGCUCCAGAACUUCAUCCCCGCCCGCGUCCGCCAACAGCGCCUCAACCUCUACCGCAUGACCGACGAGCUCGCCCUCCGCCGCGCAAACGGGCCCGAGCCGGAAUACACCGACUUCAUGACCCACCUCCUCGCCGCCACCAAGUCGAACAAGAUCACCAUGCCCGACGUCCUCGCCCAGACGCCCAUCCUCGUCAUCGCCGGCUCCGAAACCACGGCCACCCUCCUCUCCGGCGGCACCUUCCACCUCCUCACCAACCCGCGCGUCUACGCCCGCCUCACCGCCGAGAUCCGCGAGCGCCACCAGUCGCAGGACGACAUCACCAUGGCCAGCACCAGCGACUGCAAGUACCUGCUCGCCUUCUUCGACGAGGCCCUCCGCAUGUACCCGCCCGCCGCCAACAACCUCUCGCGCGUCACCCCGCCCCAGGGCGCCACCAUCGCCGGCAAGUGGGUCCCCGGCAACACCGUCGUCGGCAUCCACCAGUACGCCCAGAACCACUCCAAGACCAACUUUGCCGACCCCGAAGUCUUUGCCCCCGAGCGCUUCUUGGAGUCCGGCGAGCCCAAGUGGGACGGCGAUCGCAGGGACGCCCUGCAGCCGUUUUCGUUUGGCCCCAGGAACUGUAUCGGCAGGAAUCUUGCGUAUGUCGAGAUGCGGUUGAUCUUGGCGAAAAUCUUGUGGAAUUUCGACGUGGAACUUGCCGAUGGCAUGGAGAGCUGGUUGGAUCAGAAGAUUUAUCUUGUGUGGGAGAAGCCUUCGCUGAUGGUCAAGUUGAAGCCGGUGAAACGGUAA